AAUUAAUGAGUUAAAUCUUUCUUUUUUGCUUUUUAUUUUUUAAUACCUUUUUUUUUAUUUAUUUAUUUGUACAAAAAUGACGAUCGACAAACAAACCGAUGAUUCCGUUGAUUGGGUAGAAAAAGCGAUUAACGAAAACUAUAUUAAAUAUUAUAAUUGUUCCGAAUUUACCAAUAUAAAAGAAAUUAAUGGUAAUGGUUCAGCUGGAAAGAUUUAUCAAGCGAAUUGGAAAGGAGCUGACUCUCCUCUUGUCAUUAAAUCUUCGUAUAAAUUGACUAUUAAAGAAAUCGUGAAUGAGCAUGCACAUAAUGUACUUAUACAUCAGAAUAAUAUUAAAUUGGCGGAUUUUGGUCUAUCUAGGAAGACAUCUGAAGCAUCAAUUUAUCUUAAGGAUGUAUACGGUGUGUUACCAUACGUAGAUCCAAAAUGCUUAAAUGAUCAAUCAUAUGCAAUAACUACUAAAUCAGAUAUCUAUAGUAUUGGAGUUCUUUUAUGGCAACUAUCAAGUGGACGUAGACCUUUUUAUGAUGAAGAUACACAAUAUGAUGUAUGUUUGGCUAUAAAUAUAAAAAAUGGAAAAAGAGAGAAUAUUAUUGAAGAUACACCACCCGAAUAUAGUAAUUUAUAUAAAGCAUGUUGGUUAAAUGAUCCUGAUAAAAGACCUGCUAUACAACAAGUUGUUUUAUCUUUAAAAUCAAUUAUAUCUAAAGAACACAACGAAUGUAUUAGUGCUAUUAUAUGUAAGAAAGAAUUACCAAAAGAGAUAAAUUCUAAUCCUAUAUCAAUAGAUAAUGAAUUUGAUGAUUUGAUACGUUAGAAAAUAAAAUUUUACCAUAUAUAAUAAAACAAGUUAGAAAACUAUUUAAUGAAAUAUUUGAUUCUAUAGAUUC